AUGUUAAACAGCAUUUCUAGAGAUGGUGUUGGUAAAAAUAUAGUUCAAUGUCCUGAUAAGGAAAUUUCAGUAAGAAUGACUCAGUGUAUAAUUAAAGCAAAAAAAUCUAAUGAUUCUGUUGGUGGAACUGUAACAUGUGUUAUUCGUAAUGUACCAUCAGGAUUGGGUGAACCAUGUUUUGAUAAGUUAGAAGCUAAAUUAGCACAUGCAAUGUUUUCAAUCCCUCUACCAAAGGAUUUGAGAUUGGAAGUGGCUUCCAAG